UUGGCUAAAGUUAAAAGAUCCAUUUUUAGCAAAAGUUGAAUCUGUUAAGAAAAUAAUUGAACAAUUUAACAACAAUAUUGCAGCUGAAGAUGCUAAAAAAGUUUGCAUACGAGAAAUUGAUUCUAUUUCUACUGAUUCGCAGUGUCCGGUCGACACUAAAACAAACAUUGAGAGUUGGGAGGAGUCUGAUUUCAAGACACAAUAUACAGAAACACUUAAUAUCUUGAAUGAACUUUCUAUCGAACUCGCUAAAGAGAAAUUUUUUCAUGUAUUAGAAUUGAUUUCUCUCUUGAAAUCAUUAUGUCAACCCUCCAGUUGUAAGUUUUCUAUAGACGUCUUCAAUAAUAUUCUUCAAAGAUAUAUUAAAAGGCUGCCCUUUGAUCAAGCUCAGUUCAAAAGUUGUCGUUCCUUACCUGUGCUUGUUUCGCUAUUAGCAAAAUUGAAUUAUGAUCCUCAAUUAUGCAAGCUGCAUCAAAAAUUAGAUGAUAUAAGCGGUAGCGGUUUCGAUAAUGAAAAGGCUAUUAUAAAUUUUUUUAAUCUAAUAUCAAAUGAAAAAAUUGAGAAUGAAAAAUUCUGGCUGAAUUCUCGAGUUAUUUACUUGAUCCGUAAUUCACCGAUUGCAAUAUCAAGAAUUGCUAUGUUGAAAUCAUAUGUCAAUAUUUCAAGUUACAUGCCACAUGACAUCAAAAAACGCUUGAACAAACACAGGAACGAAAUUUUGCAGCAAGAGAAUUUUGAAAUGCCGGAAACAUUAAACGAUAUUGAUGAGGCGAUAAAAGUUUUCAAACGCAUCAGCAUUAUACAAGAUAUAGAACCUGAAGCAUUUCGAUUAUUAAUGGAAAAUUCCAUCUCAAAAAAUGAAGAGCUAAAGAAAUCAUUUAAGUCAGCUGAUGCCUUAUUUUAUUGGAAUGAAGAAGAAAAGUUUUUCGAUCAACAUUGGGAUAUUCAAACGAUUAAAGAUGCAUAUUCAAAACUUGAACAAUGGAAAAGAAGUUCAAAUGCUGGAGCAACCAAACCUAACAUUCCCAUCAAUUUCCUCGAUCUUGAUUGUAAAAAUAUCAACGAAAAUAUCAAAAAAUGCAACAAAAAAGAGAUAAAUGUGCAUAAAAACUGGAGACCAAUAAUGGGUAAAACAAUCUCAAUGAUCGCAUCAAAGGACUAUGUUGAAGUACGUGCGAUUAUUUCAACACCAAAAAUUGAGACAACCCAAGAAAUUGCAUGCGUGAGUCAAGUUCUUCCAUAUCUUAUGCAAAAAGUAAAGAUGUGGGGUG